CUGUUUAGAUUAUACUGCCAAGGAAACGACUGGGCUCCAUUUUCAAGGCUUAAAGCACUAAUUCCUUUUCUGGGAAAUUAAACAUUAAUCUGUUAAUGGUACUAGUGAAAGGCUAGUUUAAUUUUAAUCUCCUGCUGUUGUCCAGCAUUUUGAUCUUCCUUGAGAGGAGAAAACAAUGAGCUGGGGAUUUCUACGAGAUCUCUUAAGUGGAGUGAAUAAAUAUUCAACAGUAAUGGGCCGGAUCUGGUUGGCUAUUGUGUUCAUAUUUCGCCUGCUUGUUUAUAUGGUGGCAGCAGAACACGUCUGGAAAGAUGAACAGAAGGAGUUUGAGUGCAACGUCCAGCAACCUGGAUGUGAAAAUGUCUGCUUUGACCACUUCUUUCCUGUCUCUCACAUCAGGCUUUGGGCUUUGCAACUGAUCAUGGUUUCCACCCCGUCACUUCUGGUUGCUUUCCAUGUUGCCUAUCGUGAGAGCAGAGAGAAAAAGCACAACCAGAAACUUUACAAGAACCCAGGAAGCAUGGAUGGUGGACUGCUGUGCACUUACCUCAUCAGUCUAAUUUUCAAAACAGGAUUUGAAAUUGGUUUUCUAGUUUUGUUUUACAAGUUGUAUGAUGGGUUUAAUGUACCGCGCCUUAUGAAGUGUGAUGUUAGACCAUGCCCCAAUACUGUAGAUUGCUACAUCUCCAAGCCUACAGAGAAGAAAAUCUUCCUCUUUUUUUGUGGUGUAACUUCAUGCUUAUGCAUUGCAUUAAACAUAAGUGAAUUGGGCUAUCUGACUUUCAAACACUCUUUGAAGUGUCUAAAGAGGUAUGUCAAGAGAGGUCAUAUCUUGAAACGUGAGUGUCAUGAGCUGAAAUGCACUGCUUACAAUGGAACAUCAGCUAGAGUUCUGACCCAUACCAAUGCUUCACCCAUGCUUUUCAGUCUCUUUGAUAAAUCUGAAAGCUGUCCACCGAUUUGUCAAGAUAAAAAAUGUUGUGUGAUGUUAAAAUGAACUGUUUUAAUUUCUUUUAUAAGUAGAUAAAAAAAAAACUUUGAAGUUUCUUCAUUUUCAAGUAGAAAAAAAGAGCAUUGUUAAGAAGUCAGUUGUAUUUUUCGUUUUGUAUUUCCUUUGGUUGAACUGCUACAUUCACUUGCAUUAGAGAUUUUACACAUGGAAUUAUACAGGUUUGUCCAGAAUGAAUCAAGACAUAAAAGGAUGACAUUUUCACUGAGCUGUAAUAUAAAUAUUGAUGCAUGUGAUAAAAUCACAUGGAACAGAAAAUUGCUCAAAUAGUUGUGUUCUGAAUAUUUUAUGUGACUGUUUGAUACAAGCCUAAAGAGGCUUUUUGUGUCUAAAGCUGAGACUUUAGAGCUUGCUAGCACACUGUGGAAAUGGAAAAUUGAGCAUAUCCAGUUAUAUUAUCCUACCAGUUAAAAGCCACACUGGGGUGGAUGUCUGAAAAACACUAGAUUCAUAGGUGUCCCAUCUGAAGCAAGUUUGAUGGUUUUAGCCUUCUCUUAUGAACUAUGAUAUUUAAAAACUUAACAAUAUAAAUGUUGAGCAUACAUAGAAGCUCAAAACUUUUCAAAAAGUAUUUUAGAAUUUCUAGAAAAAAUAAAGUUAGAGGAUGGUCACCAAUUAAAUUGUCAAGGUCCUAUUCAAAAUGUGUAAAUGUACUAUUACAAAGAGUAUUAGUUAGUUAAUGCUAUCUUAGGGCAAGGUUGGCCAACCUGUGGCAGGAGUGCCACUAGUAGCACGGUCAGCCUCUGCGUGUUGGCAUGUAGCGGAUAAGGGAAAGGACAGGCAGCACACCACCAGGAAGGACAAAGCAGAGCAGAUCAGGGAAGGGGGUAAUUGCAUGAAGGAGAAAGCAAAGCAAGAGAUAUGGGGACUGGAGUAGCACUCAGAGAGGGUAUGGGGCUAAUUUGUGGGAUGCCUGCCAGAAAGGUUGGCUCCUACAGGACUAGGAGACAGAUAAAAAUUAAACACUUAUUCCACAGAGGCUGACUUUUUUUGCUAGGUAGUUGGAAGGCGGACCGUUUAGGAUAGAAGAUGGUAAUGACAAUGGCAAUGGGAAGGAGUAUGGAAAAGCAUUUAUUUUUAAUGGAGGAAGUAAACAUUGGUUGAGAGGGUUGGGAAGUGAGGUUGGGCUGUGUGGGAGGAACACACUCCUGGGUGAGGGGUAGGGGUUCAGGAUUGGGUGGGGUGUGGUAGCAUUUUUCUCUGCUUCUCUGGCAAAGGGUUAAAUUUCAGAGCACUGUUUGGAAGAUCUGUUGGUUAUUACAUGCUAUCCUAAUAUUUUAUGUUUUUAUAAUUUAUUUUUUAUUUCAAGUUUCCUUGAGCCUUUUCUGGGGAGGGCAGCAUAUACAUCUAAUAAACAAACAAACAAAUUCA